CAAUAAUAAGAGCAACGUGGUAAGCUGUGGUGGAACUUUUGCUUAUUUUCUACGCCCAUAAAUCCAAUUCCGUAACGCUUUUCUCCGUCGUAACUCCGAUAGGAAAAAAUGGCGACCGGCGGCGGUGCUACUGGUGGAGGAGGAAAAGUUUCCUUCAAAGUCACUCUUACUUCCGAUCCUAAAUUGCCUUUCAAAGUUUUUAGCGUUCCGGAAGCUGCUCCGUUCACCGCUGUGCUGAAAUUUGCUGCCGAAGAAUUCAAAGUACCUCCACAAACUAGCGCCAUUAUCACUAAUGAUGGAGUGGGUAUUAAUCCUCAACAAAGUGCUGGUAAUGUUUUUCUUAAACAUGGUUCUGAACUGCGGCUGAUUCCGCGCGAUAGGGUUGGUGCUCACUGGAUGCCAUACUGAGCAAUAUAUACCCAUGUAUUUAACCUAUACUUCUUUCCCCUCUUGAGUAGCACUUUAUGGUGUUUUGUGCUGCAACUUUCGAUGUUGUAAUAUCGAGUAUAGUUGAAUAUCAAACGAAAUGAAUAAUGUCCUUUUAUCCAUGGAGCUAAUAAAUAUAUUGUGGAUUACAUA